CGAGACUGCGCCGAAAUGCGUUCAGAGACUUUAAUUAGGAUUACGUUCAGCCUCGCGAUCAAAUUGAGAAGAGAGAGAGAGAGAGAGAGUAUGGCGACGACGGCGACGGCGACGGCGACGAUGAAGGAGGAGAGCCACAGCAAGCAUGGAGGAGAGAAUGGAGAAGGGUGUGAGAGGGCCCGAACAGCGGAGACGCUGAUGAGGGUGGUGCCUAUAGGUCUGUGCCUGACCGCUCUGGUGAUGAUGCUCCGGGAUUCCGAGUCCAACGACUACGGCUCCCUCUCCUACUCCGACCUCGGCGCUUUCAGGUACUUGGUGCAUGUGAAUGGCAUAUGUGCAGGGUACUCGCUUCUCUCGGCUGUUAUACUGGUCAUGCCUCGCCCUCCAACCAUGUCCAGAGCUUGGACUUUCUUCCUCCUCGAUCAGGUCCUCACUUACGCAACACUGGCCGCGGGAGCUGUGUCGACGGAGGUGCUGUACCUGUCGUACAAGGGAGACGAGGCCACCGCGUGGAGCGCCGCAUGCGCCUCGUUCGGAGGGUUCUGUCGCAAGGCAACGGUGUCCGUGGCCAUGACCUUGGCGGCGGUGGCGUGUUACGUGGCACUUUCGCUCCUGUCCUCGUACAGGCUCUUCAGCAGAUUCGAUGCCCCGGUCGCUUGCUCUGGCAAAGGCGUCGAAAUCCCGGCCUUCCAAGGGUGAAAGUGGAAACCUUCGCCGUGUGAGCUCCUCGUCGAGGGCGUUCUGUAUUUUCUUUGCAGCCUGCUUAAAAAACAGAGCAACAAGCUA